AUCGCUGCGCCAGUCGAGGGCGCGUAAGAUUUGUAGAAUUGUUUCGAAAGCCGAGGAUUGGAUCCUGCACGGGGUGUGACAGGGCCGGGCCAUGCAGGAAUCGGCUACGGAGCAGGUGGUGAAAAUAAUCUGUGCUUCGCUCGGGCAAUGUUCAAGGCGUUGCGAAAACUUUCUGAACCUUCUGCCAUGAAUUCUGUUUUCGGAUUGGAUGCAGAGCGUUCGUUGAGGAGAUAAGUGUUGCCGAGAUUCGCUGCCCCGUGUUUCGCUUACAGAUCUCGACAUGGGAAGAGCGAUCGUGCUUUUCUCUUGUCACUAUGAAUAAUUGAUGCUUAGUCAACCGCGAUUGACGGGAAAUUCUACCGUGCGUAGUACAAGAAGAACUCGGGCGUUGCCAGCCUUCACUUUAAAUAAAUUCUCUCAGGUAGGGGGGAUCAGUGUCAUUGCAACGAAACUAAUUUCCUCUUCUUGUUGCUCGUCGAUACCAAAAACUCGCAGCGUUUCCGCACAGGCUUCAAAGCAAGUCAAUCCGUGGAGAUCAUUUCACUGCAUUGCGCUAACUGUCAGGACUGAAAUUUCUGGCCAUCUGUAAACCCAUUGAUGGCAGUGGCUUCUCUCCUCAAGUGCGAUCACAUAUUUUUGCCGCAUACUAUUGAUCUCGUCUCUGAGGACAUCAAGAAUACGUUUUCUGUGCUACUUGGGUCCCCUAACAUCAUAGCGGGGAGCAACGAUGUCGACGUUGCGGUGUCUUCAGUCAAUUAUUGUUUACAAAACAUCUCAAAUGGAGUGGAUUUGAGUGAAGAAGUGAUCCAGUUCUCGAAGAGGCCUUGGGCGGGGUGUGUGUCUGAGUGUUGCAGUAACCUGCUCGACAGCAGGAGUUCUGAACCACAGCUCAAUUCAGACUCCAUCUGAGCAGAUCGGUGGAUGGUGGGGACUCAACCUUCUCGUCCUGCAAGAUUGGUGGAGGAGUCGAGAAGAUGGAAAAAUGUUUCCAUCGUUUUUAAAACAGUACCUCGAUAUAUUUUGACCUCCAAGCUAUCCGCUGCAAAAUUCUCGACGUAGUCGCUUAAAUGUGGCUCGGAUGCAGUUAAAAAGAAUAGCCAUUCAUUGCUGGAUAUACUCCGUUAUUGGAGAGCACUGACUUCGCUACACGUCCCGGGACAAAUCCACCAUUCCAGCUUUAAGAAAUUUUCUUUAAAUUAAUUCUCUGUUCACCUCGAUCUUUUCCACACUGGCAGCUAAUAACAUAUCUUUCUUCCAAACGACAUUGAAGACCUCUGCGUUGUUUGUUGGACGAGAUCGUUGAUUCUUAUCUCGGCAAUUCCGACUGCAUCUUUCUUUAUACGAAAGCUCUAAUUUCUCUCCAUGUCUAUCCUGCGUUCACCAGCCAUGAAGGUGUCCAUCCUCUGACUGUUAUCCUCUGAGAGAGACCGAGUCGGAACGUCUGUCCUUUUCAAUCAACGCGUGUAAUCCAAACAUCCGGGUUCUAGUUGCAAGAUGGAUCCCAGUGAUCCCAAAAAAGAAGUGAUGGGCGACUCGGUUUUAGAGCCCAAGGAUUUGAAGGGCCGGAUGUACUUGAGCCAGCACCAGAGCUAUUCCAAGCACAAGAAGGCCAAAAUGUCUUAUACGCCGUCCACGGACAGCUUGAGCGUUUCGCAUUCAGUCAGAACCUUCAGUACUGGAAAGCCUUCAACAAGCUCGAGCACUUUGGGCAAAGGUUCAACGGAGGGUUCAGGAAAGCGGAUGUCCACCUCUCACGGUGAGCGAUUCUGCAGCCCACGGUAUGCCGUUCCGCCACCAACCACAGCGGAAGAGCAGUACGUCAGGGAACUCCAGGAGAGCUGGAAACUAGUGCCAGCCGCAAGCCAGAGCUCAGGAGGCAUCGUUAUUCCCUCAAUCAGACGACCAGAUUCGUCAUCGAGUAGGAAAAAGACACCCAGCUAUCACGAGAAUUGGAAAAGGAAGAGAGGAAAGUUUGCUCUUGCAGAGAAGCAAAAGCCGCCCGAUUAUCCAUGGAUGCCUUUUCUAGAGCUUCUCAAGCGUCAGCCAAAUACCAUGGAGUUCAUAUAUCUGCAACCUCCCAAAGUUCCAAAGACGCCUGAAUUCGAUCCUUUUGAACUAGAAAUAGUGACCUACGGUCAGAUAGAUAGUCCAUACUACUACACGGUGAGCAGCCAAGGAGUCACCCUAUUUCGAGAUGGUGAUGCAGAAUUCACACCAUUGGACCAGUGGGAAAGAGGCUACCGUUCCUACAAGUGCAUCAUUAAUCUGAAUGUGUUCCGUCAGUACAAAUAUUGGAAAAGUUGGAAGGUAUGGAAGCACCACGUCAGGAGAAAAAAGAAGAAGAUCUCAGUGGAACUAUUGCUGAAGCUACUUUUCACCUGUAAUGUGAUAUUUGCAGCUGUUCUUUUGCAGAUCCGCAAGAUGUGUGUCGAUUUGUGGACAGUGAGAUUCCUCCGGCUUGACACAGGAGAAAUUUACACGCUGGACAAAUUCAUGACCGUCCAGGACAGCAGAAGAGUGGAAAAUGCCAAAAUCUUAUUGGAGUUAACAAAUGGGGCAGUCGAAGCUCUACGUGAGUCUUGCAUCAGAGCUCUGUCAAAACUGGAGGAGGAUUUGUUGGGACGCCGCAAGGACGAGCCACAGGAUGUUGUGAUGAAGGAAGCUAUACAUAAAGAUGAUGGAAAGGAGCCAAGUAAUCGCAAUAAGUUAGCUGGCGUUGCUGCCAGGUGGAAGGCUCAGAAGGAGAGAGACUCUGAAGAAAAAGAGAGUCAAGAACGCUAUACGUAUUUGAUUGCAGCUGCCAAAAGAUCGGAGCAAGUUCGUUUGCAGAAUUGUGUCAGACUCACAGAUUAUCUCAUUUCCGAUGCUUUACGAGAAGUUCUUUCGAGCACUUUCAGAGAUCUUCUUCAUCGCGUAGCUCACAAACCUGCACCAGCUCCAGAACCUCGGCUAUCGACUACAGGAGCGACGCCAACACCUGCAGUUGAAGGAGUAAAAACUACCGUACCAGUGGAGAAAGAGCAAGGAAAGGAAAGAAGGGCAAGCAAAAGAAAUUCAACUUCUCGAAGAUCGACAAUGGAAAAGAGAGAUUCAAUUAGUCUUCUGAAGACUGACGAAGAGAAAAAGCUGGAUCGUGUUCAAGUAUUUGAGUUAGACCUUGCAAUGAUUGACGACCACCUGGUGCUGGUGCCGUCUUUCUCCGAGUUCGAGAAAAAUAUCGAGAUCUGGAUCAAAGGGAUGAUGGAUGUCAUUCGAUCACUAAGAAGACUCCUCUAUCAUCCCGUCUUGGAUGGAGUUGUUGACAAAGGAGACUCAGGCCUCGAGAACCUUGCUACCUAUCUAGAUCUCAUCGGAGAAGCUCAGUUCGGAGGUCUCAUUGCCUCUAUUAAAGUUUCUAUAUCACUUGCUUACAAGGAUGCAGACAAGAAUAAAGUCACUUUCAAGCCUUACGUGGACACGGCCAUCAAAAGCAAAUUCAUCUCCAAGCAGAGUAUGCGAGAUGAGAUAAAGGCAGGUACACGAGAUCUCGAGAUGUUCAAAAAUGACAUUCUCCGUUACAGAACCGAGAUAAAAGAAAUCGAGGCUGCACCGAAUAGUGCAGAUAUAGGAAUUUUACACAUCAACUAUGUUAAUCUGAAGAAGACUCUUCUACCCUUCCCUCAAGAAGCGCUACAGAACAUAUAUCAGUUACUCCCACAACUUGCGAAUGAGCAUUACACGGUGUUUAUUAACGAGAUACAUGCGUCUGAGAAGAAGAUGGCCGUCAAACCAACCACAGUAGAAGAGUUUGUGGAUAUUGCUAAUUUUGCGGAGGCCUUCCAUUCUAAGCUAGAUAAACUCGAAAUCGAGUUUGAUCUCAUCCACGACCAUUAUGCCUUGAUGAGAGACCACAACAUUCCGAUCCCCGAUCUUGAGUAUGCUUCCUAUUUGAUGAUGAACAAUGACUUUCAAGCCUGUAAAGAGGCUAUGGAGAUUGUAGAAGAGACAAAGAAUGAGAACAUUAAAAGAUUCAGUUCUGACUUGGCUGUAGAAGUUGACAAGCUGAGAAAAGAUGUCAUCACCAUAAGAGAAACAGCUCAGAAUCCUAUGACUCUUGAUCCAGAUGCUGAUCAGGAGGUGGUAUUAGAAUACAUGUCUAAAUUGAAUCAGGAUGUGACAACCCAAAAGAUUGCUGCACAACGUAUUGUGAUGUACCAGAAGCUGUUUCAAGUGGAUGAAUCGCGAUUUGAUGAUUUGUUGCAAGCAGCAGAGGAAGUGGAUUUGCGAUAUUCUUUAUGGCAGGGUUUGAAGGAAUUGGCUGAAAAGUCAGGUGCUUGGAUAGCGACCCAUUUUGAAAGCCUUGAUACUCAGGAAGUAGAAGAAGUGGUCAACAGAUAUGCCAAGCUCACGGUAAAGCUGGAGAGAGGAAUAGUUCCCAAUCCAGUGGUGCAAAGACUGAGAAAGCAAGUCGAUGAUUUACGUUUGUCAGUCCCCGUCAUGCAAAACAUGAGGAAUAAAUGUCUUAGAGACAGACACUGGAAGAAGAUUGAGUUGGAAAUCAGUCAUAAGAUCGAAAGGAAUGCACAGUUCACUCUAGGAAAGUUGAUUGAGUACAAUGUUAUGGAGUAUAAAGCCGCAAUUGCUAACAUUUCAAACGAGGCAACACAAGAAGCAGCUUUGGAAGAGCUUAUGGAGGGUGUUAAACAGAAGUGGAGUACAAUUGAGUUUGUCGUUAAGCAGUACAAAGAAUUCAAAGAUGUCUACGUGCUCGGGGGUGUUGAUGAUGUGCUAUCUGCAUUGGAGGAUUCAAUGGUUACAAUGAAUACUGUAACUUCGUCAAGAUAUGUUGCGGGUAUUAAAGGUGAGGUGGAUAAAAUGGAAGGACAGCUCAAACAUUUUGGUAAAACAUUGGACCAGUGGUGUGAAUGCCAGAAGCAAUGGAUGUACCUGGAAAGUAUAUUCAGUGCUCCUGACAUUCAACGACAACUGCCAAACGAGAGCAAGGCGUUCUUUGCCGUGGACAAGCAGUUUAAAGAUAUCAUGAAGCGUACCCAUGACAGGGCAAACGCAUUGCAAGCAGGCACAUCCCCUGGUUGGCUAGAAACUUUCCAAAAGAGCAAUGAGACCCUAGAAAAGAUUCAAAAGAAUCUCGAAGAUUAUCUUGAAACGAAGCGCAUGGCUUUCCCAAGAUUUUACUUUCUUUCCAAUGACGAGCUACUGGAGAUUCUCGCACAAACACGAAACGUGCAAGCUGUGCAGCCUCAUAUGUCUAAGUGCUUCGAUGGCAUUCGAAGUUUAGACUUUGGUGAGGAUCCUAAAAGCAUAGACAUAUAUGCUAUGAUAUCUGGAGAGGGAGAAAGAGUCGGCCUGGGCAAAAACUUGAAGGCUAGAGGAAACGUGGAGAAUUGGCUGACAUCUGUUGAACAGAAUAUGGUUUCUAGUCUGCGGAGAUUAGCAAAGGCAGCUGUUCAGGAUUAUGAUAAAAGACCACGCCCUCAGUGGACACUGCUGCAUGCUGCGCAGCUGGUGGUUAUGACUAGCCAAAUAUACUGGAGUAAAAUGGUCGAAGAUGCUCUGAAAGGAGGAGGAGAGAAAAGUGUAGAAACUCUUCUUGUAGAGUCCUUGAAUCUUUGUAUCUCUCAGCUUGAAGCCUUAUCGGUUUUGGUCAGAGGAGAACUCAAAUCCCUGCAGAGGAAGAUAUUAUGUGCCCUGAUUACGAUUGAUGUCCACGCAAGAGAUAUUCUCGAUGAUAUGAUUCGGGAGAAGAUUUUCAAAUCUACUGAAUUUGGUUGGCAAAUGCAACUACGCUACUACUGGGAUGAUGAACUGGAGGAUAGUACUAUUCGUCAAACAAAUGCUCGUUUCACGUACGCUUAUGAGUAUCUUGGAGCACAGCCACGUCUUGUGAUUACCCCUCUUACAGACCGAUGCUACAUGACUCUUACGGGUGCUCUACAUUUGAAACUCGGUGGAGCCCCGGCCGGCCCUGCUGGAACAGGAAAGACAGAAACUACGAAAGAUCUUGCAAAAGCUUUGGGUAUACAGUGUGUCGUUUUCAACUGCGGAGACAAUCUGGAUUUCAGGUUUAUGGGCAAAUUUUUUGCAGGCCUGGCGCAAUGUGGUGCUUGGGCAUGCUUUGAUGAGUUCAAUCGGAUUGAUAUUGAAGUGCUUUCUGUGGUUGCUCAGCAACUACUUACUAUUCAAAAUGCUUUAAAAGCUCGGCUUGCUCGGUUCAACUUUGAAGGGCGUGAAAUCAAGCUCUUAGCAACUUGUGGAGUUUUCAUCACCAUGAACCCAGGUUAUGCAGGACGAACGGAGUUACCAGAUAACCUGAAAGUUCUCUUCAGGCCUGUGUCUAUGAUGAUUCCUGAUUAUGCAUUGGUAGCUGAAGUGAUGCUUUUUUCUGAAGGCUUUGCGAAUGCGAAGGUGUUGUCUAGAAAAAUGGUGAAACUUUACAAACUUUCCAGUGAGCAGCUUAGUCAGCAAGAUCACUAUGAUUUUGGUAUGAGGGCUGUCAAAUCAGUGCUUGUUAUGGCAGGAGCCUUAAAACGAGCAAACCCUGAUCUUGUCGAGGAUGUUGUAUUGAUUCGUGCUUUUAAAGAUAGCAAUCUUCCGAAGUUCUUGGCUCAAGAUGUUAGCUUGUUUUUGGCCAUCAUCACAGAUCUCUUCCCAGGCGUUGAGAUUCCUCCACAAGACUUUGGAGAGCUUAAACUGGCCAUUGAAGAAUGCAUUUUAGAAGGCGGGUUGCAGAUAGUGGAUGCUUUUGUUAUAAAGGUGAUCCAACUUUUCGAAACCAUGAAUGUGAGAUUUGGAGUGAUGGCUGUCGGACCUACAGGUGGUGGCAAAACCACUUGCUAUCGGCUGCUUAGAGAUGCCAUGACGAAGUUGCGAGUUAGAGGCCACGACAAUCCCGCUUUCCAGAAGACACAUGCCUAUGUACUGAAUCCCAAGUGCAUAAAAAUGGGUGAAUUGUAUGGCGAGUACAACUUAUUGACGAACGAGUGGACGGAUGGUUUGGGCAGCACGAUCAUUCGAGCUGCUGUGGCAGAUACCACCCAGGACAGAAAGUGGAUUGUUUUUGAUGGACCCGUCGACGCAAUAUGGAUUGAGAACAUGAACACAGUGCUGGAUGAUAACUGCGUCCUAUGCUUGCCUAAUGGAGAGCGCAUAAAACUGAAUCCUACGACAAUGAGAAUGCUUUUCGAAGUUCAGGACUUAGCAGUUGCCUCACCAGCAACAGUUAGCAGAUGUGGAAUGGUGUACGUUCCUCCUGAAGAAUUAGGAUGGCGUCCGUAUGUGAAAUCUUGGUUACAACGUUUUCCAAAAGAGAUCGGCAUCGUUCUCACUCCCCAGUGCCGGGAUUAUAUACAAGGCUUAUUCAAUGAAUGGAUGGAUACAGGGCUCAAGUUUCUUAGAAACCAUCUGCAGGAAACUAUCCCCUCGGUGAAUAUCAAUAUUGUCACCACCCUUUGCUGGUACUACCAAGGCCUUCUACAACCUUCCAGGGGAAUUAGCCUUGCAGGUGAAUUCAACGAUCAGAUUACAGGUACCUUGAGCCGAAUUUUUGCCUUCGCUUUUGUGUGGUCUGUUGGAGGAAACAUCAGGCAUACGAGCAUUGAGAGAUUCGAUAAGUUCAUUCGAAAAGAAUGCGAAACUUUGGCAGCAUAUCCGGGUGGAGACACAGUGUUUGAGUAUUUUGUGAACGUUAAGGAGCAGUCUCUGUCACCCUGGGAAGAAGUCAUCCCUUCGUUCACCUACAAACCAGGGGUUUCUUUCUUCUCCUUGAUGGUACCGACGUUGGACACGGUAAGACUCGGGUGGCUCUUUGAGCUCAACAUUGAGAUCCAGCGGUCAGUUCUCUUCGCAGGCGUAUCAGGUGCAGGCAAGAGCGCAAUCGUGCUGGACCUGAUCUCAAAAUUAGCCGAAGCCAAGAACAUGAUGGCAAUCGUUCUGAAUUUUAGCGCACAAACCACUGCUAUUGCAACUCAGGAAGCAAUCGAGAGUAAGCUCGAAAAGAAAGGGAAGAAUCGAUUUGGUGGACCAUUCGGUAAGAAGAUCAUAUGCUUUGUGGACGACGUGAACAUGCCAAUGAGGGAAAAAUACUUUGCACAGCCACCUAUCGAGCUCCUCAGGCAGUUUCAGGACUUCAGAGGAUUUUAUGAUCGGGUUCAUCUUUUCUGGAAGGACAUUGCUGAUAUGACAAUCGCAGCUGCUUGUGGUCCUCCGGGUGGUGGCCGGAACGAGGUGACACCCCGAUUUUUUCGCCAUUUCAGUAUGGUUAGUGUACAGCCCCCGACAGAAAUGACAUUGAGAACAAUUUUUGGAGCAAUUCUGAGUGGUUUUCUAGCCCUUUUUCCUGCGGAGUGCAAGCCCUACACGAAACCGAUCGUUGACUGCAGUAUUGAGGUCUUCAUGAGAAUGAGUCAGGAGCUACUGCCAACACCCCAGAAGUCUCACUACACUUUCAACCUUCGAGACGUCUCAAAAAUUUUCCAGGGAAUCUUGAUGGUAAAGCCAGUAGACUGUGCCACAAAGAAGCAACUUCGAUCGCUGUGGAUUCAUGAAAGCAUGCGUGUAUUUCAUGAUCGUCUAAUCAAUGCUGAGGAUAAGCUCUACUUUACAACUAUAGUACACGAGCUUUUGAAGCGAAGCAUGGAAACUAUAGAAACUCAUAAAGAGCUCUUUGAGGACCAAAUAAUUAUGUAUGGGGACUUUCUCAGACCUGGCUAUUCUGCUGAAGAUCGACGUUACGAGCAGGUUACGGAUUUUUCAAAACUUCCUCAACUAUUCAAAGACUACCUCGAGGAUUACAAUAUGAGUACCCCAAAAGUCAUGAAACUUGUGUUUUUUAAAGAUGCCAUAGCGCAUACUGCAAGGCUUGCACGUAUUCUAAGGCAACCGCGAGGCAACGCGAUGCUUGUGGGAGUGGGUGGAUCUGGAAAGCAGAGUCUUACUCGCUUUGCAUGCUUUCUAUCAGAGUAUACUUGUUUUCAGAUCGAGCUGACGAAAGGCUAUAGCAAUUUUGAGUUCAGAGAGGACCUCAAGAAAAUCUACAAAGUUGCUGGAAUUGAUGGCAAACCUAUAACUUUCCUAUUUACGGACACUCAGAUUGUGAACGAAGGUUUUGUGGAGGACAUCAACAAUUUACUAAAUUCAGGAGAAGUUCCGGGGUUAUUUGCUGUGGAUGAGAAAGAUCGAUUGUGUGUUGACAUUCGAGAAUAUGCUCUCACUCUUGGCAUACCCCUCACCAAGGACUCUUUAUACAACUGCUUUAUCAACAGAUCUCGAGAGUUUAUCCACGUCGUCCUUUGCAUGAGUCCUGUCGGUGACCCUUUCAGAUCAAGAUGUCGCCAAUUUCCGUCCCUCAUUAAUUGCUGCACUAUCGAUUGGUUCGACGAGUGGCCAGAGGAAGCCCUUCUGACUGUCAGUAACCAUUUUCUAGCAGCUGUCGAUCUGGGCAACGACCUGGUAAAGAAGAAGGUGGCAAGUAUGUGUGUAUCCAUUCACACUUCAGUCUCAGAUAUGGCGACCAAGUUCUUCAAUGAGUUAAGGAGGAAAUAUUACAUAACACCCAAGUCAUACCUCGACUGUGUGAACCUUUACGUGGAAUUGUUGAAUGAGAAGCGUAUAGAAAGUUUGGCCGCCCAAGACAGGUUUAUCAAUGGUCUGAACAAACUCAAAGAGACAAACGAGCUCAUAGCUACAAUGAAGAUCGAGCUAGGAGAGCUGCAGCCAAUACUGGCAGAAAAAUCAGAAAUUACCAACAAGCUCUUGAACGAAGUAUCGAAGGAGACCGCGGCUGCUCAGCAGGUCAAAGAAACGGUGGUAGUUGAAGAGAAGCAAGUCAAAGAACAAGCUGCUGCGACACAACUGAUCAAAGACGACGCUCAGAAAGACUUGGAUGCAGCCAUGCCUGCUUUAAAUGCAGCCGUAGAUGCCCUCAAUUCUCUAAACAAGAGCGAUAUCACUGAGCUGAAAUCAUUCGCGAAACCACCAUCUCUCGUCCUCCUUACUAUGGAAGCAGUCUGCAUUCUUCUCGGAGAGGCUGUGGGUUGGGACAGUGCCAAGAAGAUAAUGGCAGACGUAACAUUCAUCAAACGGCUCAUGGAGUACAACAAGGAUGCAAUAACUCCUCAAGUACAGAAGAAGUUACAGAAGUACAUCAACGAUCCUCUGUUCAUACCAGAAGCAGUACAAAAGCAGAGUAAUGCAGCUACGAGUAUGUGCAUGUGGGUUCGGGCCAUGAAUGUUUACGCCGAUAUUGCUAAAGUUGUUGCACCGAAGAAAGCAGCAUUGAACCAGGCAGAAGCAGCUCUCAAGCUGGCAGCUGACACUUUAGCAGGAAAGCAGAAACAACUUGCAGACGUAGAGGCGCAAGUGGCGAAACUGAAGGCUAACUUAGACGUUGUACAAGCCGAUAUGGACAAACUGAAGGGACAAGCAUUGCUCACUGAGAAUCGACUUAUCAGAGCUGGAAAGCUUACUUCCGCUCUCGGUGAUGAAGCGGUGCGAUGGAGGGAAACAGCAGCGGAGAUUGGGGAAAAGAGGAAGCUGCUCGUAGGUGAUGUGUUCUUGUGCGCAGUGUGUAUCUCAUAUUAUGGGGCCUUCUCAGGUCCAUAUCGGGCAGCCCUUGUAGCAAGCUGGAUUCAGCGAUUUAAGGACGAGGAGAUUCCUGUUUCUGAUGACUGUUCGCUGAGGGGUAUACUUGCAACGCCUGUGGAGGUACGAGAAUGGAACAUAUGGGGUCUUCCAUCAGACAACGUUUCAGUGGACAACGGGAUAUUGGUAACAAGGGGAAGGAGAUGGCCUUUGAUGAUAGACCCCCAAGGACAAGCAAACAGCUGGAUUAAAGCUAUGGAAGCCAAAAAUGGUUUGCGAGUUGUCAGACUUUCUGACUCCACUUUGCUCAGAACUCUUGAAAGCAGCAUUCGGAUCGGGAAUCCUGUGCUGCUGGAAGAUAUUGGAGACACUCUUGAUCCCGCAUUGGAGCCCAUCCUGCAGAAACAGGUGUUUGAGAAGAAGGGUCGGUGGCUCAUAAGACUUGGAGAUACGGAUGUCGAUUACGAUCCACAUUUCAAGUUAUACAUGACAACAAAGCUCUCCAAUCCUCACUAUCUUCCAGAAGUGUGUAUCAAGGUCACGCUGGUGAACUUCACUGUCACCAUGAUAGGGCUGGAAGAUCAACUUCUGGGAGAUGUUGUUCGCAAGGAAAGGGCGGACCUGGAAGAGCAGAAUGACAGACUUGUGGUGAGCAUAAGUAGUGACAAAAAGCAGCUAAAGGAUUUGGAAGAUAAGAUCCUAAGGCUUCUGAAAGAGAGUGAAGGUAACAUUCUGGACGAUGAGGUGCUGAUAAACACUCUUAAUAACUCUAAGCUGACGUCAGGAGUAAUUCAAGGUCGAGUGAAACAGGCAGAAAUUACUGAAAAAGAGAUCAAAUCAGCUCGAGAGGAAUACCGAGUGGUUGCAAAGCGGGGUUCAAUUCUGUAUUUUAUCAUCUCAGAUCUGGCUCUCAUCGACUCUAUGUACCAGUACUCAUUGUCCUACUUCGCUCAGCUGUUCAAUCAAUGCAUCGAUGCAAGCCCCAGAUCAGAGGUGCUUGAGGACAGGCUGCAAAUACUCAUUCGAUACAUGACAGAGUUUCUGUACAUGAGUGUGAGUCGCGGUCUAUUCGAAGAGCACAAGUUGACAUUCUCCUUUCUCAUCUGCACAUCUAUCAUGAAAUAUAUGGGCGAAAUUAAUCAAGAGGAUUGGGUAUUCUUCCUCAUAGGAGGCUCUGAUACUGUACCAGAGGGAGCACUCCCGAACCCUGACAAUCGCAUCAUACCAGACAGAGUGUGGGUGAGUAUCGUCAAGCUCGAAGAAACUCGACCAGAAACCUUCAAGAAGCUGACCAAGGACAUAACUUCAGGCUGGGCAAAUUGGUCACAAUAUUUUAAAACACCAGAACCCCACAUCUUCCCUCUCCCGGGUGUCUGGAAAGAGAAGUUGACUCCGUUUCAGCAGCUACUCCUGUUGAAGGUGAUGAGAGGAGAAAAGCUGGUCUUUGGAGUGAAUUUAUUCGUGACCGCGCAUUUGGGCCAGAAAUUUGUCGGAAGUGUGCCUCUCCAGCUGGAAGAGAUUUUCAAAGACACGUCGUGCAUAAAUCCUGUGAUUUUCAUCCUCACUACUGGUGCUGAUCCGUCAGGCAUGCUCCAGAGAUUCGCCGAGAAAAUGGACCGCAAAGCAGGAGAUAGACUGCACAUGAUCUCCCUGGGUCAAGGCCAGGGUCCUGUGGCAGAAACUCUGAUCAUGAAGUCACGCAAGUCCGGUGACUGGGUUUGCCUUCAAAACUGCCACUUAGCUAGCUCCUGGAUGAUUCCCAUGGAGCGCAUCAUCGAGAAAUUCCUUCCGGAAAGAGCUGAUAUCCAUCCCGACUUCCGCCUGUGGCUCACCUCAUUCCCAUCCAAAGAUUUCCCUGUCCCCGUUCUCCAGAAUGGUAUUAAGCUGACCAAUGAGCCUCCGAAGGGAGUGCGAGCUAACAUGUUACAGUCCUACACAAGCAUCAGUGAGCAGUUCCUGGAAAGCUGCAGCAAGAAAGCGCCAUGGAAGAAACUGGUGUUUGGGAUUUCAUUCUUCCAUGCAGUUAUCCAAGAACGAAGAAAGUUUGGACCAUUGGGAUGGAAUGUGAAGUACGACUUCAACAGCAGCGACCUUGAGUGCGCUCUUCAAACACUCAUUAUGUUUCUAGAAGAGCAACCUGAUAUACCAUGGCCAGCUUUAUUAUACGUUACAGGUGAAAUUAAUUAUGGAGGACGAGUCACGGAUGAUCUGGACAGACGAUGCCUUAUGAGCACUUUGAAACUCUACUAUGACCCCGCUGUGUUGUCCGACACAUACACUUUCACGAGCACUGGACUUUACAAAUCCCCUCCAGAAGGUGAACAUGGCAGCUACGUCGAGUACAUCAAGUCAUUCCCAACAGCGGAGGGCCCAGAUUUGUUUGGAAUGCACGAGAAUGCAAAUCUUACGUUCCAACACCAAGAAAGCAACAAGAUCUUGACUGUCGUUGCUAGCAUACAGCCGAAAGCUAGUACUGGUGGAGCUGGAAAAAAUGUUGGAGUAACUAUUCUGGAGUUAGCAGCCAAGUUGCUGGAAGGCCUACCCGUUCCUUUAAGACCCGAGGAAGCCACAGAACACAUACCAGAGUUCGGACCUACUGGACAAGUGAAUUCCUUGCUGGUAGUCUUGCAGCAGGAAUCUGAGAGGUUUAAUAGGCUUAUCAAGGUAAUGAGGUCAACAUUAGUGGAGCUACAGCGAGCAAUCAAAGGUCUCGUUGUCAUGUCUGCGGAGCUGGAAGCCAUGUUCAACAACUUCAUUGCCAACAAAGUCCCUGAGCUAUGGAAUGCUGUGGCUUACCCAUCCCUCAAGCCCCUUUCUUCCUGGAUUCUUGACCACCAGAAGAGAAUGGAAUUCAUGAGAGUAUGGAUUCAUGAUGGCAAUCCACUGUGCUUUUGGCUUCCGGGCUUCUUCUUCCCACAGGGAUUUAUGACGGGUGCGCUCCAGAAUCAUGCAAGGAAGUAUCAAAUUCCCAUUGAUACUCUGAAUUUUGGUUUCAAGGUAAUGGAAUAUGAAACUGGUUCCGAUGUCAAACAAGCACCGGAAGAUGGUCUGUACAUCAGUGGUCUCUACUUGGAUGGUGCACGUUGGGAUCGCAAACAUAAGUGUUUGGUGGAAGCUUUACCUGGUGAAAUAUACUCACCAUUGCCAGUGGUGCAUUUCACUCCCAUUGUGAACUACAAACCACCUACCAACGAGUACCAGUGUCCAUUAUAUAAAACUCAUGUGCGAGCAGGAGUGCUCACUACAACCGGUGCCUCGUCCAAUUACAUUCUCAAUGUUAGCCUCACAAUUGAUCCGGACACAACCCCUGACUUUUGGGUGCUGCAGGGAAUUGCCCUACUAUGCCAAACUCCAUACUAAAUGAACUUAAAUAAACUUCUCUUUCAGUAUAUGGAACUGGCUAUCCAGCGAAUGCAAGCGUCAGCCCUUUCAGCAAUAGUAGUUUUAUCGUUGGCCAUUCGAAUCAUGGGCAGAAGGCUACCUGUAUAGUUAGCAGGGAAAGGUCUUCCGUGCUACUAAAUCUGGACUUAAUUUGGUGGAUAUGAGCGGAGGCACAAAUAUAAUCACUAU